GUCAGUGCCACCAGUCAGUGCCCAGCGGUUGUGCCAGUCAGUGCCACCAGUCAGUGCCCAGCAGUUGUGCCAGUCAGUGCCGCCAUCAGUGCCAUCUAUCAGUACCCAUCAUCAGUGUCACCUAUCAGUGCCGCCUAUCAGUGCUGCAUAUUAGUGCCGCCUAUCCGGGACACCUCAUUAGUGCUGCCUAUCAGUGCCACCUAUCCGUGCCACCUCAUUAGUACUGCCUAUCAGUGCCCUUUAGUGCUGCCUAUCAGUGCCCAUCAGUGCCGCCUAUCAGUGCUGCCUCAUCAACGCACAUCAGUGAAGGAGAAAAAUUACCUGUUUGAAAAAUUUUAUAAUAGAAACAAAGAAACUUUUUUUUUUUUUUUUUCCAAAUUUUUUGCACUUUUUUGUUUAUAG